UCCCUUUAGAAAGUUCCCAUCUUCAUAGUUUCUGGGCACCCCUGUAUUUAUACCAAUAUGCCAUUCCUUGACUUUCUCGGCCUUUAUUUAAAGUAAAUUGGGUAGACAAAGAAAAGUUGAAUAAUCGUGAGGUUGAAUUAUAGGAGAAGACUGAAGAGCAUGAGUUGGGUGCAAUCAUUUGCCACCCAUAUUUCUUCAAAUUCCUUUUUGUUUUUUGCCUUUUUGCUUUCGGUUAAAAAGGGUGAAAGAUUCUCUCUCCCUCUCUCCCUCUCUGGAUUUUGGCCCCCCUCAUGAGAUUAAGGAAGCAUAGGCAAUGCUUUCCUUCUUGCUCUUCCCAUCACAGAGUUGAUGAGGAUGAAAUUUAUCGUAGACAUAAGAAACGCGAUGGGGAGUUGGAAUGGCCACAUGAUUCAACUCAUGCCAAAUCGCAGUUAGCUCAAUGUUUUAUUAAUGCUAUGGUUGGACCACGAUCAUGGACAGGACUGUUUACCCGCUCAAGCAACAAACGAAAUGAGAAGCAUGGUGACUACUCUUUGAGUCCUCUUCAGGAACAGAGACUUUUGAGGCUUCAAGCACGAUUACAAGUACCUUUUGAUGAGAAUCGCCCUGAUCAUCAAGAAGCCUUGAAAGCAUUGUGGCGUGCUGCCUUUCCAGAUGUUGCUCUGCAAGGUUUAAUUUCUGAGCAAUGGAAAGAGAUGGGGUGGCAAGGUUCUAACCCUUCUACUGACUUUAGGGGUUGCGGUUUUAUCUCCCUAGAGAACUUGCUGUUUUUCACCAGGACUUAUCCGGUGUCUUUCCGUAGGUUAUUGUUCAAGGAAGAUGGGAAGCGAGCAACUUGGGAAUACCCUUUUGCUGUUGCUGGAAUAAACAUAUCAUUUAUGUUGAUUAAAAUGCUGGAUCUUUGCUCAGCAAAACCAAGGUGUCUUCCAGGAAUAAAUUUCGUGAGAUUAUUAGGAGAAGAUGAAGCCGCUUUUGAUGUACUAUACUGUAUAGCUUUUGAAAUGGUUGAUGCUCAGUGGCUUGCAAUGCAUGCGUCCUACAUGCAGUUUAAUGAUGUUCUACAAGCAACAAGGACGCAGCUGGAAAGAGAGCUGUCCUUAGAAGAUACUCAAAGAAUACAUGAUUUACCAGCUUACAAUCUUUUGUACCAGUAGCUAGCUUUUUGGUUUGUACAAAUUCCAUUAGAAUAUUACUCGGACUUAAAACAUGUUCCAAUGAAUUAAAACAUUUCCGCUCUA